GAUACGGUGUGUUAAAAAUUGGUGUGUUAGAUAGAUAUGGGGGGGUGUGUGUGUAAUCUGCUCCUGUGUGUGUGUGUUCCUCUCCAUCCUAACAAGGAGACUCCCUUGGCUUUAGUGGAGGAUGAUGACAUAAGUUCAGAUUUGGACACCAUCUCCAUCACCUCAGACAACGGUCUGCUGAGCCGCAACGAGCCAAUCCGCAGUAAGGUGUCCAAACUGACGGAGAAGCUACGCAAACGCUACCCCACCAACAACACAGGUAACUGUUCCAGCUGCAGUGCAGUCUUCUCAGUGGUGAAGAGAAGGCGGAGCUGUAGUAACUGUGGCAAUAGCUUCUGCUCCAGAUGCUGCUCCUACAAGGUCCUCAAGGCCUGCAUGGGUGUCACAGCUCCAGAUGCCCAGAGAGAGACAGUGUUUGUUUGUGCUGUCUGCAACUCCACCCUCAGCAAGUGAGAAAUGACUACCACCUCCUACCCACUCAUGGAGACCCAGGGAGGGUACUGCCCCUCCUACCCAGGAUUCGAAGCUCCUUGGCUGGGUAGAGCCCGCGGCAGAUCAGCCUCUACCCCGCCUGGGGGUGGUUCAAAACCCCAGGUUGUCUGGUUCUCUGGCUCCAGCCGAGGUGACCAAGGUUAUUAAGAUGAACCAGUCCCAAAUGGCAACCUAUUCCAUAUAAAUUAUUCCCUAUAAAUUGCACUGCUUUUGCCCAGAGCCCUAUGGGGUUCCCUAUGGGCCCUGGUCUACAGUAGUGGACUAUAUAGGGAAUAGGGCCCUGGUCUACAGUAGUGGACUAUAUAGGGAAUAGGGCCCUGGUCUACAGUAGUGGACUAUAUAGGGAAUAGGGUGUCAUUUGGGACGCUCCCACAGACUCCCAUCAGCUUGUGUUGCAUUGAGAUUGAUCCUGUACUGUCAUUCUGUCAUGGAGGUCCUGAGAAUGCUGAGAGGUGUGUGUGUAUUGUAUUGUAUAAGAUAUGCUAUAGAUUGACCCUGUUAUAACUUAUCCAUCCUGUAAUGGUUUUAUAUGUUGGUCCUAAUGUUAAUUUAAUGGAUGCAAAGACAGGAUGCUAAAGACUAUACCUUAGUCCUAAAUGGCAUUCCCUAAUCCCCAUGGAGCAUAACCUAACCCCAUGGAGUGAUUUCCAGAGGUGAUCCCAGAGCUGUGUUCAAAUACUCAUACUAGCUGUACUAUUUGUGAUGUAACAUUGAGUAUGUAGUUAAGUACUUAUUGGAUAUAGUAUGCCAAACGUUCCUGGAUGUCGUACUAAAUUCACCAAACUACGAAGUAUACAAGGAGUGGACACUAUUUCUGUGCUUUUAGGGACCAUAAUGCAAUUCUUCAGAAAAUGGGCGUGGCUUCACCAACGUUUUCAGAUUUGAAGAAAAUGGCCGACGAGAGCAGAUAGAAAUGAAUUGCUUCAAGAAAAUGUUGAGCAAUGUAAUAAAGUAAUGACUUUUCAAACAAGUUAAACGUUAUGUUGGCUGACAAUUUAUUAGCUACGCUGUCCUUACGAACCGCAGCAUGUCAUUCAGCAGUAUGUACCGGGCUGUUAGCUAGCUACCUAACGUUAGUUGGCUACUAAUACAUUGAACUUGCCAGGUAGUAUAUUAACUAUCUAGCUAACUACCCAAUGUUUAUUGACUUGAUUAUUCACAUCAUUCUUAGCUAAGUGGUAGAGUCGUCGUGCGUUCUCAAUGGACAUAGUUAAUUCUGGCUAUCCACUCUGAUUUCAGAGCAUCUCUCAUCUGUGUGCCAGUGCACAGAAUAGCUGAAUAAAACGUGUUGAAUAUGGCCGGUGUCAGUAAGCGUUGGAGGGGGGAAAAAGUGUAAUUAAAUUGUUGCCUGCAGCACAGUUAGUCAUGGAUUUACGAACGGACAAUCUGACAACGUUUUACGAACUCACCCCAUAUUGAAUUUACAGACGCAGCCGAAAUCGCAAAAUGUCUAGCUAGUAAUUUGUUAUGCUAACAAGCCAGCAAGAGGUUGCAUAGCAACAGCAUCAACUUCUGGUAGACAGGCGAAGUGCUAGUACACUCAACUGAAAGGAUACCCUUCGUUUACAGUAUUCUAAAAUGAACUAAUAGUAUGUAGUAUACAGGAUGUUGGUAUGGAUAUUUGAACACAGCACAGGCUUUAGAUUGACACAUAAGAAUGUACAUGUUACACUUUUACCAUUGUGAUCACCAAUAUUCAAUCCACUGAAAGUUUAUAUUUAUCCAAUUUUAUUAAUUAAUUCAUUUGAUUGAUUAGCUUGACAGAAUGGAGGAGUUUGUUUACUCUUCAUUGCUUCAAUAAACUGUGAUUUUGAAUGUUUGGAGUUAACUUAUGGCGUAUUUUUCCUGCCUUUUUCAGCCUAGUUGUAGAGAGCUCUGUUAAAAAAAUAAACAAUGUAAAAAAGA